GCGUCACGAUGGCUUCAUACGUCAAUUUACCUUGAAGCGCCAACCCAAGAUGGCCCCGACCGAAACCUGCAAGUACACGUACAAGCCGUGCUCGCACCCGCGGUCGACCAAGCGCAAUGGAACGCUCCACCUCCUCUGCGAGUUCCACCGCACCAAGGCCAACUCGAUCCAGCGCGCGUACGCGGCCAAGAAGCGCCAGCGCCAAGCGCUGCUCGAGGUGCCGCCGCCCGCCGAUGACGCCAUGGAGCUCAGCUUGCCCAUGCCCGACAUGGCCUUCAUCGACCAGCUCAUCAGUGACGUGAGCGACCUCAGCGACGCGACGUCAAACGCGUCCUGGACCGACGACGAGCUCGUGUGCGAGUUCCUGUAAGGGCCGCGCUUGUCUAUUAUUUAUGCUCUAGUGACACCCCAAACGACCUCUCUGAUACGAUUGGUAUUAUGAAUCAUAUUCUCCAUACACUA